CCGUCCCCCGCAGGCCACCAUGUGUGGGUGCCGCUCGUUCAGGCCGACGGAAGGCCACGAGCGGGCGGAAUUCGUGUGGCUGUGGGCCUCGGGGAUGCCGGUGCGAGACAUUGCCGUCCGCAGCGGCACCAGCGUCACUACUGUCUACAGAUGGAUCCGGCGCUGGCAGCGGGAGGGUCACGUAAACACUAGACCAAGGAGUGGCCGGCCGCCUGUCUCCACCACUCCAACCCAAAAUUUAUCGCCGCUCACCAAUUCCUCCCCUGGUGCUACAACGUGCGUCCCGGUUCCCGUGCUGUUCUUAACUCAGGAUGCCGCCCUGCCUGGGAUGCAGAGCCUGGUGUAUCAGACUCCUGCCCCGCUGUACGCUCCUCCCGUCUCUGAGUGUUCCUUGUGGUGACUUCCUUCACUGCAGACCCCGCAGUCCCAGAUCUCGUAUGUGGUGGCCGUGGCCGCUAAGAAAUGUUGGACAUCCAGACACUGACUGACACAUAAGAGACGCGCUCUGUAUCAAAUCUUCCAGCGGAUAUUAGGUGCAGUGCUAGUGACAAACUACCAUCGGUAUAAAUGACUGAACAACACAUCACAACGUGCUGUGCUGCUCCAGAUCGUGCAGUGUUGGCACGUACACUUAGCAUAAAAUGUAUGAAGUACAAUACGAGUAGUGUCCUCAGAGCAACAAUAGGCUUGACCCACUGGGCGCUGCAGUACGUGGUGUGCAUAAUGAGUGCUGAUCCUCCAUAAAGGAUGCUCCUUUUGAUUCUCUUUUGAUUAUCUAAUAGCUAGGGUGCAUUUUUAAGUAUGUCUGUGCAUAUGUAUGUAUUCAAUUAUCAGAUAAUAGAAAAAAAUAUUGCUUAAAUCAUUCUAGUAUCCUUUCUUACACGACAGCAUUAUUGCUAAACAGAACUACGAUUCAAGGAGUUGCUCUUGUUUAUAUCGUGUCAACCUCCAGAAAUGUGUCCAUCAAAGUACCCACACCUGUGCACCCACGUCCAGAGCGAGGAUUUCACGGGUUUCUCAUCCUUAAGGACAAAAGCUGCUGCCUCUGAAGAAUUGUGACGCUAUACUCUCCUCAUUUACUGACCUGUUAAUUCCUAAGAUCAAUAGAGAUUUCCAAGAGUAUGAGACGAAAUAAAAUUGUUUAUCU